AUGGCUCUCUUCUUUUCCUCGAAAAACCCAUCAUUUCUCAUUCUCUUCUUUUUAUCAUCUCUUCUCUUUCCCACUACCCAACAAUGCAACCAUCAUCACUUCUCAGCUUUCCUACACCUCAAGCAUGGUUUUAACUUCACUGCUUUCAGCCUCUCUACUCUCCCCUCCUGGAAUUCAAACAAAACCGAUUGCUGCUUUUGGGAAGGUAUCACGUGUGAUGAAGCCACUGGUCACGUGAUCAGCCUCGACCUCAGUAGCUUCCGUAUCUCUGGUCGGAUUGAUUUUGAAAGCCUCUUUCAUCUUCGGAGCCUGCAGAAGCUCAACCUCGCUUACAAUGAUUUUGAUGGCUCUCGAAUCCCAUCUGGGUUUGACCAACUCACCAGUUUGACCCAUCUCAACCUCUCUGGGUUAUCCUUUUGUGGCCAAAUCCCGCUGGAAAUCUCCCGCUUGACAACUUUGGUUUCUCUCGAUCUUUCUCACAAUCAAUAUUUGAAUGCUUCAUCCUUUAAAUACCUGAAACUCGAAAACCCAAGCAUUGGAGCAGUCGUCCAAAACCUGUCCAAUCUGAGUGAACUCUAUCUAGACUGGGUAGACAUCUUACUGCAGGGCCAGACCUUAGAUUUGCCACUCCCUAGUAUCCGCAAGUUGAGCUUACGAGAUUGUGGUCUUUCAGGCUCCCUCUAUUCUUUCCUCUCACAACACCAUUUCUUAUCUGAAAUCGACCUCAGCUAUAACAAUUUCUCCUCUGCAGUCCCCAAUUUCAUAGGGAACUUAUCCUCCUUGACAUCCCUGCUCCUCGCAGAUUGUGGAUUGCAUGGAAGAUUCCCUGAGAGUGUUUUCCAGCUGCCAAAUCUACAAAUCAUCGACAUAUCACGCAAUCCACUUGUAGCUAUCAAUUUGCCGGAGUUCCCUCAAAACAAUACUCUACAGCAAUUGAUCCUUUCACACACUGGAUUAUCAGGAAAGUUUCCAGAUUCUCUCAAUAAUCUCAAAUUCUUGACUCAAUUAGACUUCAGCAGGAUCAUUACCGUCCUCACUUUUGAACCUUACCAAACUGCGAUAUCUCUGGAGAAUAUCCAUUUGGGUAACAAUAAAUUGAAGGGGAUGAUACCCAGAUUUAUCUUUCAACUUACCAAGCUUGAAGACCUAGACGUUUCUUCCAAUAAUUUCAGUGUUGUGGAGCUAGGCUUAUUUCAAAACCUCAAAAAUCUUUACUCUCUGGAUCUUUCAGAUAACAACUUGUCAGUCCAAGAUGGCAGUGGUAAUUCCACAUUUAGUUCCAUCCCCCAGAUUGAAUCUUUGUUGUUACGUUCUUGCAACAUCAGCACAUUUCCAAAUUUCUUGAGAAAUCAAGAGCAGUUGAGGCAAUUAGACUUUUCCAACAAUAAAAUUAGUGGUGAAAUACCCAAAUGGAUAUGGGAGAUUGGCAAUGGGUCUUUAAACUAUUUAAAUCUUUCUCACAAUGUUCUGCGGGAAAUAGAACCAUCUCCCCAUCUUUCGUUGAGUGACUUGAGCAUUCUGGACAUUAGCUCCAACAUGCUUGAAGGCUCACUUCCAAUCCCAUCACCCUCCAUCAUUUUCUUUUCAAUUUCGAACAACAGCUUCCAUGGAGAAAUCCCUCGUUCAGUUUGCAAUGCAACAUCCCUAACAGUCCUUGAUUUGUCUUACAAUCACUUCAUUGGUCAGAUUCCAACAUGUUUGGGUGAGAUUGGUGAUGCCAUUGCUGUGUUGAAUCUUCAAGGAAAUGCUUUCAACGGCACCUUAGUUCAGACAUUUAAAGAGGGAUGUAACAUACAAAUGCUUGAUCUCAGUGGGAAUCAAUUAGAGGGCCAAGUGCCAAGGUCUUUGGCUAAUUGCAAAAUGUUGGAGGUAUUAAACCUUGCAAACAAUCAAAUACAUGACACAUUCCCUUUAUGGUUGGAAGCUUUGUCACAGUUGCGUGUUCUCGUCUUGAGAUCCAACCAAUUUCAUGGCACCAUUGGGCAUCCUCUAACAAAUCACCCUUUCCCUCUGUUACAAAUUUUCGACCUCUCUUUCAAUAGUUUUGAGGGUAAUUUGCCAUCAAAUAUGUUUAAGAGUUGGAAGGCAAUGAUGGAUGAGGACAAAUCCCAAACUUUGGUCCUUAGCAAAAUGAUAAACGGAAGUUCCAUAUACUAUCGAAACAAAGUGUCUACUAGUCAUCAAAGGGCUGCAGAUCAAACUAGUAAAGAUCCUUACGGCCUUUACUGUAGUGGAUCUCUCGGCGAACAAAUUUCAUGGGGAUAUCCCAAAAUCAAUUGGGGAUCUAAAGUCCCUCAUUGUGCUCAAUAUGUCCAACAAUGA